UUAGCUGGCUGUGACUUCCAUGCUUGUGCAUCUUCUGAGUCCCGAGUUCAUCAAUCCAGCUCCUGCUCAUCUUUGGCACCCUGUACCCAGCCUAUUCUUCCUACAAAGCCGUGAAGACAAAAAACGUGAAGGAAUAUGUGAAAUGGAUGAUGUACUGGAUCGUCUUUGCCUUCUUCACUACAGCUGAGACACUCACGGAUAUCGUGCUCUCCUGGUUCCCCUUCUACUUUGAGCUCAAGAUCGCCUUUGUGAUAUGGCUGCUGUCCCCUUAUACCAAGGGCUCCAGCGUGCUCUACCGCAAGUUCGUGCACCCGACACUGUCCAACAAGGAGAAGGAGAUCGAUGAGUACAUCACACAGGCCCGAGACAAGAGCUAUGAGACUAUGAUGAGGGUGGGCAAGAGGGGCCUCAACCUGGCCGCCAAUGCCGCGGUCACAGCUGCUGCCAAGGGCCAGGGGGUGCUGUCAGAGAAGCUGCGAAGCUUCAGCAUGCAGGACCUGACCCUGAUCCGGGCCGAGGACACACUGCCCCUGCACGGACCCGACAGCUGCCUCCGACCUGGCCCUGGCAGCCUCCUGGACACCAUCGAGGACUUAGGAGAUGACCCUGGCCUGAGUUUAAGGUCUAGCACGAACCAGGCAGAUUCCCGGACAGAGACCUCUGAGGAUGAUGGGGGAGACAAGGCCCCUAAGAGGGUCAAAUCCAUCAAAAAAGUGCCCAAAGCUGAGCCAGUGGCUUCCAAGACGCUGAAGACCCGGCCCAAGAAGAAGACCUCUGGCGGGGGUGACUCGGCUUGAGGUCCCGACCCCCCAGGCUGCAGAGCCCCUGCUCCACACUGUGCUCAUAGCCCA